AUGGUGACUCUGUCACCAACAAAAAUACAACCAAACACAAGGCCACCAACAACCACUGAACAACUAACAGCUGAGCUGCCACUAACCAAUUUUUCACUAGCAACAACUGUUCCGUCAACAACCACCAAAGCGCCAAUAACCUCUGAGCCAACUACCACACUACCCACAAUUCAUGAACAAACAUCCGUACAACCAGAAACUACACAAAACACUUUCUUGGAAUUACAACAAAGAAAAGUACAGUUACUUCAAGAAAUUGAAAGACUCGAGAGCCUGAUUGCUGCCUCCAACGCCACUCUCACAGCUCUGCAAAACAGCAAUGAAGCCCUGCAACGAGUCAUUGAAGCCAUCGAGGAAGCCACUGGAAGGAAGCUCCGAUCGCUUGCUUUAUCGAUCAAGAUGACAACACAAUAUUGUGAUGUAAAUCAGGACAAUGCCGUGACUGGCAACUCAACAGAUCUGCUUCUUACAAUGAUCAAGGAUCUCUCCACCAAGCUGUCCAACCUCACAACCGACCAAAUCACUUGCUUCAAUCAACUCAUCGAUAAUUUCGCCACACUCGUAGAGAAUGGAACCUUCGUCAUCGAUUCGGCUGCAUUAGAUAACAUCACGGCCGCAAUAGAAGCAGCAAGCAGUGUCGUGGGAGACCAAGUCCAGUUGUUCGUCAAUAUUUUGCAAGAGCAGAAACAUAAUCAAACAGUUGGGCUUGACCAUGUGGAGAGCCAGCUAGCAGCAACGACAGAUAUAAAUACAAUGCACACAGUUGUAGAUAGCUUUAUCGACAUGUAUGAACGACUGAUCUGCGCUGACCUACUGAGGUCACAUCAUUAUCAGUUAUCUGUUACUAAUCCUAAACGAGAGGUCAUACAAAGGUCAACCAGGUGGCCUCCACUGGUGUGUUGCAAGACCCCAAGCCCUCCAACAUCCACUGAACCACAUACAAAAGUAACUGACCUGCCUACAGACACUGCGAUUGUCACUGUGCAGUCUACAACCCUUGAAUCCCUGCCAAACAAUGACACAGUAACUACACUGCCACCUAAAUCUACAAAACAACCAACGACUACAAUGCAGCCAACACCUCUGAAAACUACUGUGGAACAAACAACCGGAGUUAUAUCAACUACUUUGUCAUCAAAAAACACUGAGCAAACUAUCACACCAUCAACAAAAAAUGCUGAUCCACAAACGUCAGGAAAGCAACGAACUACACGGCCACCAAAAACCACUGAGCAACUAACCACCGAAGUCUUGUUAACAACAAUGGUGUCACAAACAACAAAAGUAGAACCAACCACACGGUCGCACACAAUUAUUGCACAAUCAAUCACCACAGUGCCACAAAAGACCUCUCAGCAACCAACAACCACUAAUGAACCAACAACCACAGGUUUACAAACAACCACUUUGUCACCAACGAUCUCCGAGCAACCAUCAACCACUCAUGAACCAACAACCACAGUUUUGCAAACAACCACUGUGUCACCAACCACCUCUGGGCAACCAACAACCACUAAUGAAAGAACAACCAAAAUUUCUACAACAACAACUGUGUCACCAACGAGCUCUGAACAACUAACAACUGCUGAUGAACCAACAACCACAGUUUCAAAAAAAAACACUGUAUCACCAACUACCUCUGGGCAACCAACAAAAACUAUGUCACCAACGACCUCUAAACAACUAACAACCACUGUGUCACAAACGACCUCUGGACAACCAACAACCACAGUUUCACAAACAACUACUGUCUCACCAACGACCGCUGAGCAACCAUCGACCACUGUUGAACCAACAGCCACUGUGUCACCAAUGACCGCUGAGCAACCAUCGACCACUGUUGAACCAGCAACCACAAUUUUACAAACAACCACUGUGUCACCAACGACCUAUAGGGAACCAACAACCCCUGAUAAACAAACAACCGAAGUUUUACAAACAACCACUGUGUCACCAAAGACCUCUAGGCAACCAAAAACCACUGAUGGACCAGAAGCCACUGUUUCAAAAACAAUCACUGUGUCACCAACAACAUUUGAGCAACCAACGACCACUGAUGAACCAACAGCCACAGUUAUACAAACAACCACUGUGUCACCAACGAUAUCCGAGCAACCAACGACCUCUGAUGAACCAGCAACCCCAGUUUCAAAAACAACCACUGUGUCACCAACGACCUCCGAGCAACCAACAACCACUGAUAAGCCAACAACCACAGUUUUAAAAACAACCACUGUGUCACCAGCAACCGCAGUUUUACAAACAACCACACUUCCACCAACGGCUUCUGGGCAACCAAAAACCACUGCUGAGCCAACAACCACAGUUAUACAAUCAACCACUGUGUCACCAGCGACCUCUGGGGAACCAACAACCACUGGUGAACCAACAACCACAGUUUUACAGACAACCACUGUGUCACCAACGACCUCUAGGCAACCAACAACCACUGUGUCACCAACGACCUCUCGGGAACCAACAACCACUGAUAAACCAACAACCGCAGUUUUACAAACAACCACUGUGUCACCAACGACCUCUGAACAACCAACUACCACUGAUGAACCAGAAACCACAGUUUCAAAAACAACCACUGUGUCACCAACGACAUUUGAGCAACUAACGACCACUGAUGGACCAACAGCCACAGUUUUACAAACAACCACUGUGUCACCAAUGACCUCUGAGCAACAAACAACCACAGUUUUACAAACAACCACUGUGUCACCAACGAUCUCUCAGCAACCAACAACCACUGAUGAGCCAACAACCACAGUUUUACAAACAACCACUGUGACACCAACGAUCUCUCAGCAACCAACAACCACUGAUGAGCCAACAACCACAGUUUUACAAACAACCACUGUGUCACCAACGACCUCUGAGCAACCAACAAUCACUGAUGAGCCAACAACCACAGUGUUGCAAACAACCACUGUGUCACCAACGACCUCUGAGCAACCAACAACCACUGAUAAACCAACAACCUCAUUUUUACAAAUAACCACUGUGUCACCAACGACCUCUGAGCAACUAACAACCACAGUGUUGCAAACAACCACUGUAUCACCAACGACCUCUAAGCAACCAACAACUGAUGAACCAACAACCACAGUUUUACAAACAACCACUGUCUCACCAUCGACCUCUGAGCAACCAACAACCAAUCAUCAGCCAACAACCACAGUUUUACAAACAACCACUGCGUCACCAACUACCUCUAGGCAACCAACAACCGCUGAUGAGCCAACAACCACAGUUUUACAAACAACCACUGAGUCACAAACGACCUCUGAGCAACCAACAACCACUGAUGAGCCAACAACCCCAGUGUUGCAAACAACCACUGUGUCACCAACGACCUCUGAGCAACUAACAACCACAGUUUUACAAACCACCACUGUGUCAUCAACGACCUUUGAGCAACCAACGACCACUCAUCAGCCAACAACCACAGUUUUACAAACAACCACUGUGUCACCAACGAUCUCUCAGCAACCAACAACCACUGAUGAGCCAACAACCACAGUUUUACAAACAACCACUGUGUCACCAACGACCUCUGACCACCCAACAACCACUGACGAGCCAACAACCAAAGUUUUACAAACAACCACUGUGUCACCAACGAUCUCUCAGCAACCAACAACCACUGAUGAGCCAACAACCACAGUUUUACAAACAACCACUGUGUCACCAACGAUCUCUCAGCAACCAACAACCACUGAUGAGCCAACAACCACAGUUUUACGAACAACCACUGUGUCACCAACGACUUCUGAGCAAGCAGCAACCAGUGAUAAAACAACAAUCACAGUUUUACAAAAAACUACUGUAUCGACAACGACCUCUGAGCAACCAUUGACCCCUGAUGAACCAACAACCACAAUUUUAGAAGCAACUACUGUGUCACCAAUGACCUCUGAGCAACCGAAAACUACUGUUUUACAAACAACCACUCUGUCACCAACGACCCCUGAGCAAUCAACAACCACCCAUGAACCAACAACCAUAGUGCCACCAACCACAGAACCGCUCACAACUGUGCCACCAACCAGCACAAUGCAACCAACAGACCCACUGACAACUGUGCCACAAACCAGCACACUGCCACCAACAACAGAAUCACCGUUAACUGUGCCACCAAUCAGCACAGUGCCACCAAUAACAGAGCCGCCGACAACUCACAGUGUCACCAACAGAAUCGCCGACAACUGUGCAACCGUCACGCACAGUACCACCAACAACAGAACCGCCGACAACUGUUUCACUAACCAGCAGAGUGCCACCAAUAACAGAACCGCCGACAACUGUGUCACUAACCAGCAAAAGCCGCCGACAACUGUGCCACUAACCACUACAGUGCCACCAACAACAGAGCCGCCGACUACUGUUUCACUAACCAGCACAGUGCCACCAACAACAGAACCACCGACAACUGUGCCGCCGACAUCGGAAACGCCGACAAAUGUGACACCAACCAAACCAACGACAACUGUGCCACUAACACCAGAACCGCCGACAACUGUUCAACCAACCAGCACAGUGCCAACAACAGAAUCAACCACAAUACUACCAACAUCUGUAAAACCUGAAACUACACAAAAUACUUUACCGGAACUUCAGCAAAAAAAAGCACAGUUACUUCAAGAAAUUGAAAGACUCGAGAAUCAGAUAGCUGCCUCCAACGCCACUCUCACAGCUCUGCAAAACACCAAUGAAGCCCUGCAACGAGUCAUUGAAGCCAUCGAGGAAGCCACUGGCAAUUCCGGAAGGAAGCGCCGAUCACUUACUUACUCUAUCGAUCAAGAUGGCGACACUGUCACGGUCGAUCCAUAUUGUGAGGUAAAUCAGGACAAUGCCGUGACUGGCAACCCAACAGAUCUGCUUCUUACAAUGAUCAAUGAUCUCUCCACCAAGCUGUCCAACCUCACAACCGACCAAAUCACUUGCUUCAAUCAACUCAUUGAUAAUUUCGCCACACUCGUAGAGAAUGGAACCUUCGUCAUCGAUUCGACUGUAUUAGAUAACAUCACGGCCGCGGUAGAAGCAGCAGGCAGUGUCGUGGGAGACCAAGUCCAAUCAGUUCAAUUGCUCGUCAAUGUUUUGCAAGAACAAAAACAAAAUAAAACGGAUGAGCUUGUCCAAGUGGAGAGCCAACUAGCAGCAACAAAAGGAGGGGGUGCAUCACCUGUUUUACGCAAAGCAUGUAUAGUGGGAUUAAAACCCUCGGUAGAUGUACAGUAUCUUCAGUAUUUGCUAUAUCAGUUUCCAGCUGGUGCGUUGCGACUCCCAAACCCGCCAACAACCACCGAAUUACAUACAAAGGUAACUACACUGUUACCUACUUCCACUAAACAACCAACGACUACAAUGCAGUCAACACCACUAAAAACUACUGAGGAAUUAACAACCGGAUUAACAACUACUAUGUCACCAAAAGCCACUGAGCAACCAAUCACAGCAUCAACAAUAACCACUGACCCAACAACGACAGAAAAUCAACGAACCACACGGCCUCCAGCAACCACUGCACAAUCAAUCACCACGGUGCCACACAUAACUAUGACCCCAAAUACCUCUGAGCAACCAACAACCACUCAUGAACCAAUAACCACAGUUUUACAAACAACCACUGUGUCACCAACGACCUCUAGGGAACCAACAACCACUAAUGAACCAACAACAACAGUUUUACAAGCAACCUUUGUCUCACCAACGACCUCUGAGCAACCAACAACCAUUCAUCAACCAACAACCACAGUUGUACAAACAAUCACUGUCUCACCAGCAACCUCUGACCACCCAAGAACCAGUGAUGAGCCAACAAACAAAGUUUUACAAACAACCACAGUGUCACCAACAAUCUCCGAGCAACCAACGACCACAGUUUUGCAAACAACCACUAUGUCAUCGAAGACCUCUAAGCAACCAAAAACCACUGAUGAACCGACAACCGCUGUGUCACCAACGUCCUCUGAGCAACCAGCAACCACAGUUUUACAAACAACCAAUAUGUCACAAACGACCUUUGAGCAACCAACAACCACUAAUGAACCAACAACCACAGUUUUGCAAACAACCACUGUGUCACCAACGACCUCGGAGCAACAAACAACCACAGUUUUACAAACAACCACUGUGUCACAAACGAUAUCCGAGCAACCAACAACCACUGUGUCACAAACGAUAUCCGAGCAACCAACAACCACUGAUGAACCAGCAACCACAGUUUCAAAGACAACCACUGUGUCACCGACCUCUGGGCAACCUACAACCACUGAGAAACCAACAAUCACUGAUGAACCAACAACCACUAUAUCACCAAUGACCUCUGAGCAACCAACGACCAAUUAUGAACCAACAACCACAGUUUUACAAACAACCACUGUGUCACCAACGACCUCUGAGCAACCAGCAACCAGUGAUAAACCAACAACCACAGUUUUACAAAAUACUACUGUAUCGACAACGACCUUUGAGCAACCAAAAACCACUAAUGAACCAACAACCACAGUUUUACAAACAACCACUGUGUCACCAACGACCCCUGAGCAAUCACCAACCACCUAUGAACCAACAACCAUAGGUUUACAAACAACCACCGUGUCAACAGAACCACUGACAACUCACAGUGCCACCAACAACAGAAACACCGACACCUUUGCCACCAACAACAGAACCGCCGACAACUCUGCCAUCAACCACCACAAACCACCGACAACUGUGCCACCGACAACUGUACCAUCCACCACAGUGCCACCAAUAACAGAACCGCCGACAACUGUGCCACAAACCAGCAAAGUGCCACCAACAACAGAACCGCCGACCACUGUAUCAACCAAACCACCGACAACUGUGCCACCAUCAACAAAACCACCGACAACAGAAUCACCGACAACUGUGCCUCCAACCAGCACAGUGCCACCAACAACAGAACCACCGACGACUGUGCGACCAAACAGCACAGUGCCACCAACAACAGAACCGCCGACAACUGUGCCACCAACCACAACACUGCCACCAACAACAGAAACACCGACAAAUUUGCCACCAACAACAGAACCCUGUGCCACCAACCAGCACAGUGUCACCAACAGAAUCGCCGACAACUGUGACACCAACCACCACAAACCACCGACAACUGUGCCACUAACAUCAGAACCGCAGACAACUGUGCAACCAACUAGCACAGUGCCAACAACAGAAUCAACCACAAUACUAACAUCUGUAAAACCUGAAACUACACAAAAUACUUUACCAGAACUUCAGCAAAAAAAAGCACAGUUACUUCAAGAAAUUGAAAGACUCGAGAAUCAGAUAGCUGCCUCCAACGCCACUCUCACAGCUCUGCAAAACACCAAUGAAGCCCUGCAACGAGUCAUUGAAGCCAUCGAGGAAGCCACUGGCAAUUCCGGAAGGAAGCGCCGAUCACUUACUUACUCUAUCGAUCAAGAUGGCGACACUGUCACGGUCGAUCCAUAUUGUGAGGUAAAUCAGGACAAUGCCGUGACUGGCAACCCAACAGAUCUGCUUCUUACAAUGAUCAAUGAUCUCUCCACCAAGCUGUCCAACCUCACAACCGACCAAAUCACUUGCUUCAAUCAACUCAUUGAUAAUUUCGCCACACUCGUAGAGAAUGGAACCUUCGUCAUCGAUUCGACUGUAUUAGAUAACAUCACGGCCGCGGUAGAAGCAGCAGGCAGUGUCGUGGGAGACCAAGUCCAAUCAGUUCAAUUGCUCGUCAAUGUUUUGCAAGAACAAAAACAAAAUAAAACGGAUGAGCUUGUCCAAGUGGAGAGCCAACUAGCAGCAACAAAAGAUGUACAGUAUCUUCAGUAUUUGCUAUAUCAGUUUCCAGCUGGUGCGUUGCGACUCCCAAGCCCUACAACAACAACAGUUUUACAAACAACUACUCUGUCACCAACGACUCCUGAGCAACCAAUGACCACUGAUGAACCAAUAACCACAGUUUUACAAACAAGUGCUGUGUCACCAACGACCACUGAGCAACCAACAACAGAACCACCGACAACUUUACCAACAACCACCACAGUGCCACCAACAACAGAAUCACCGACAACUGUGUCACCAACAACAGAACCUGUGCAACCAACCAGCACAGUGCGACCAACAACAGAACCGACGACAACUUUGCCACCAACAACAGAACCG